CUUGUUCGUAAGGAUCUUCAAAACAUGGUGUAAGGAGCACUGUAGCAGUGACGUUUCUGAAAUCCGUUGUGAUUACAUUCGAUUCAUUCAUUUUUUUUAAAAUUAUUACUGGUGUUGAAAUUAUUACUGGUGUUGGUGUUGAUGUGUCAGUGUGUGGUAAGAAAGUGGGUAGGAAGAAUUAAAGAUUCUGAGAGUUAGGUUAUGAUAUUAAUGAUGGAGAGGGAAAACACAUGUGCGUUCAAUUUUGCAGUGUCUGUUAUCAAUCAACCUUGUUAGGUUUUUGUUUUUUUCUUGAGGCCGCCCAAUUUCCCCGAAUUUAAGCAAAUCUGCGUAACUAUGAAGGAUGAGUACUCUAAAAUUAAAGCAGAACGUUACGGAUGCAUUGUGUGCUAGUGGAUGUGUCUCAUGUAUGUGUUGAUUUUUUUGUUAAAUAAUGUUUUUUAUUACAAUUUGGAUACGUGUGGACACCGAUCUAGAUCGGCUGCAGAACAAUGAACAAAAAAUAUUGCUGUUUAGUACAAGGUGUGCCUUUAAUCAAAUAUUUAUCUUUUGAGCAAUUGAAAGGUAACCAUUUUUUAAGAAGUUCAUCUUCUUCGGGAUUAUUCUCCACUGUCAUUACCAGAACCAGGGGAUGCUGAAAGAUGUGGUUGGAAGUAAAGAGCUCCUUCUCUAAGGUUGUAGCUCCAUCUCAGCUAACCUUUUUAAUACUUGAGGAGAUCAGAUUUUUAGAUUGCUGCCAAUAUUUAUUUUGUACUCAUGUGCCUGACGUGGUUGGAGAUCUCGGUUCUUGUUCAAUGCCAAAACACAAUAUUUGCAAGGAUGGUUGAGCUUUGAGCAAUAUAUAAUCGAUAGUGUAGUUGUACGCUAAUAGUGUUACCGAAAUGGAACAGAAGGGAAAUGUGUUAUUGCAAAAAUACGAGCUGGGAAGAUUAUUAGGCCAAGGAACGUUUGCUAAGGUCUACCAUGCUAGGAACCUUAUAACUGGCAUGAGUGUGGCCAUUAAAGUAGUUGAUAAAGAAAAGGUUUUGAAAGUAGGGAUGGUUGAUCAAAUUAAGCGGGAAAUUUCGGCCAUGAAAUUAGUCAGACAUCCGAAUGUCGUUGAGCUUUAUGAGGUAAUGGCCACUAAAACCAAGAUUUUCAUUAUCAUGGAGUAUGCAAAAGGCGGCGAGCUCUUUAACAAGAUAGCCAAGGGAAAGCUCAAGGUGGACGUUGCCAGGGCAUAUUUUCAGCAGCUGAUGAGCGCAGUUGACUACUGCCACAGCAGGGGUGUGUGUCAUCGGGAUUUAAAACCCGAAAAUCUACUAUUGGAUGAAAAUGAGAAUUUGAAGGUUUCGGAUUUUGGUUUAAGUGCCCUUUCUGAAUCGAAGCGCCAAGAUGGGUUACUUCACACUACAUGUGGUACCCCUGCGUAUGUUGCUCCGGAAGUGAUAAACAGAAAGGGUUAUGAUGGAAGCAAAGCUGAUUUAUGGUCGUGCGGGGUAAUCUUGUUUGUUCUAUUGGCUGGUUCUCUUCCAUUCCAAGAUCAAAAUCUAAUGGAGAUGUAUCGGAAAAUCAGUGAAGCGGAAUUCAAAUUUCCUAAAUGGUUUGCACUAGAGGUUCGCCGUUUGCUGUCCAAAAUAUUGGAUCCAAAUCCAAAGACUCGGAUAUCAAUAGCCAAGAUCAUGGAAAGUUCUUGGUUUAGAAAGGGAUUAGAGAAGCCGGUUGUUAUCGAGACUGAAAACCAUGAACUAGCUACUCAGCCCACUGAUGGAGUGUUUGAAGUAUCCGAAAACGGUAGUGGUUCUAUUACGGAGACAAAACAACAGGUGAAGCCUUGCAACAACUUGAACGCCUUUGAUAUAAUCUCCUUCUCGUCUGGUUUUGAUUUAUCCGGUUUGUUCGAAGACACAAUUCUAGAAAAAGAGACGCGGUUUUUGUCUAACAAGCCAGCCUCGAUUAUAAUCUCUAAGCUGGCAGAAAUUUGCAAGCGUCUUUGUUUGAAAAUUAAGAAAAAAGACGGAGGUUUGUUAAAGCUGGAAGGUAGGAAAGGGACACUGAAUAUCGAUGUUGAGAUUUUCGAGAUUACGCCUCACUUCCAUCUUGUGGAACUUAAGAAGUCCGACGGGGAUACAUCAGACUAUCUGAAGCUUUUGCAGCAGGAGAUUAGACCAGCACUUAAGGAUAUUGUGUGGAACUGGCAAGAACAAUUUCAACAUGAAGUAGUGCAGGAAGAACAUCAACCAUCUCUUGCUCAAAUUUAGUGGAUUUUGGAAUCGGUGUUUGCAUCAUUAGAUUGUUCAAUGUUUUAAGCUUUUUUUCGUUUUAUUUUUGUAUGGUGCUUAAUUUCACAGUACCUAUAGAAUAAGGAUCAUGGUUUAGUCAUUUUAAUGUCUGAAUGCAUAUUUAAAAAGACUUACUCUAAAGUGAGAGUUUGAACCA